AUGCCUCGACGUAGAUCCAACAAAAAAGCAUCAUCUUCUUCAACUAAGAGAAGCCUAUCCGAUCAACGAUCAACCUCCGUUGAACAUGUAAUCAACUGCAAUACCGUUCUAGAACCUCAAACGAAGAAAAAGAAAAUAUCUAAUUUUAACGACAAUUCGAUAUUUCCUGAUGAUGUACUUGAUAUGAUUUUUGACUUCUUGUUAGAUUCAGAUAGAAAAAUAGUUGAACAAGUAUCCAUUGCUUUUCAUAGAGCAUGUGUAAGAACUGAAAAAAGAGAUGUGAUCGAGUAUUGGAAUGAUGAAAACAAUUUCAUGUUGUGCCCUCUAAAAGAAACGCCAGUACCAUUAUCCGUAAUUGAACAAACCGAAAUUAAGUUACAGAUUAGAAUACCCUUUCACUUGAGAGAAUUUUUACAAAUCACUAACGGAAGAAGACCAUUCAGUUCCGAUUUUAUUCAUAUCAGCAAUGUCCUGCUUCCAAUAGAACAAUGGUACAAAAUUGGCGGGAGAGUAGUAAUCGGAGGUACGAAACAUGAAGAAAAAUCAAUUCUAAUGAAUUCUCGAGGGCUUCUCCUUCUUGAAACAUAUGACAGUGACGACAGCGACGACGACUACAUUUCAGGUUUGGGAACAUUUAAACAAUUCUUGAAGAUGGAGAGCCUUCGAUUUGAUUUGAUCCAUUAUGAUACUAAGAAGCUUGCUCAUAAGAAACACUUUCACCAUAUGUUCACACCUUACUCUUCCUCUAUGUUUACCAUUGAAAAUAAGGAGCUCAUUUAUCAAGCAGUUAAGCAGGGAGGAAACUGUGCUUAUUUGCCAGAAUCAUUCAAAUCUGAUCGGUCAUUUAUGCUAAAACUGGUUAAGGUGGAUGGAAGCGCUAUUAAAGCUGCUUCUGUGGAAUUGCGAGAUGACAAGCAAAUUGCGAUGGCUGCACUGUCAAACUCUGCCUCUAGCUACAGAUACUUGUCAUUUAGGUUGAAAUGUGACGAAGAAAUUUGUCAGUUAGCAUUCGCUGGUGAUGGUAAUAUGCUCCGACACGCCCCUUUUGCUGUUAAAAAUAAUCGAGACAUUAUGCUCAAAGCUGUUAAAUCCAAUUCGAAAUGUAUGUUUUACGCAGUAGGAAUGUUGAGGCUAGACAAAGAAUUGUUAGAAAUUGCCAUAGAAAAAAAAACUUUUGGAGAUAUUCCAUACAACCUUAAAAGAGAUAAGGAUUUUAUGCUAAAAGCCAUAAGUUACAAAUUAUCCUUAAAAAUGGCAGCGUUUGACCUGAGAAAUGAUGAGGAUGUAGUUCUUGCUGCCGUGUUGAUAGAUCCAAAAAAUUUAGAAUAUGCAUCAGCUCGUCUUCAAAAUAACCGAGAUAUUGUGAAAGCAGCUGUACAAAGUGAUGUAACUUCUCUUAAACAUGCCUCCACUGAGCUGAAAAACGACAAGGAAAUAUUGCUUAUAGCUCUCGACAAAUUAUUAGAAAAUAGAAAUGGUAAUAUUAUUACUCUAGAGUUCUGUCCGUUCUCCAUCAGAAAUGACAGAGAUAUUGCAUUGAAAGCAGUACAACUCACUUAUAACAAUAUGAAAUUUGUUUCAUCAGAACUAAGAAAAGACAAAUCCUUUGUUAUGGAAGUUCUGAAGCUUCCAAAUCCUCCUGUGGAUUAUAUUGACGAUUCUUUAUUUGAGGACGAAGAAAUUAUUACUCUUGCAAUGCAAAAAUAUCCACACUUAGUUUCACUUUCAAAGUCCAUGCUUCGUAACAACCGAAAGGUAGCAUUAGCUACUGUCAACAAGGAUGGAGCAAUGCUGAAAGACCUCUCUAUAGAGCUUAGAAAUGAUCGAGAGAUUGUGAAGGCUGCCAUAAAGCAAAAUAAUCAAAGUAUUUUUUAUGCCAGUUAUGAAUUGAGAAAUGAUCCAGAAAUGAUCCUGUUCAAAGAAAAGGAAGGAGGAUACUCCUCAAAAGUGGAAUGUUUUUGCGAUAGGCAGCAUGUGCUCAAUUUAUUUGACCCUCACUCUGGAAUCUUACAAUGUACUGAAUAUUCUCUAGCAGAUAAUGAACAAGUUGUCACUCAGUGCAUUGAGCAUGAGGAAGAUCACACAUUUCCCUAUCUUUCAGACCGAUUACGAGAUGACGACAAGCUUGCUCUUUCCCAAGUCACAGCAUGUGGAAGCUUACUGGAAUACGUGUCACCAAGAUUAAAACGUGACAGAAGCAUUGUUCAAGCCGCUACUGAUCAAUAUGCUGUUGUACUACAGUAUGCAGAUCCUGAAUUUUGGCACGACAAGGAAUUAGUGUUAAAGGCAGUGAAACAAGAUGGACUAAUGCUUCAAUACGCUCCCUAUGAAUUGAGAAAUGACAAAGCUGUUGUUAUAGCUGCUGUCUCUGAUGAUCCUGCUUCAUUACAAUUUGCUUCUGAUGAUUUGAGGAAUGACAAGGAGAUUGUGCUAAAGGCCAUCUCACAAUCAGCCAGUGCCAUUCAAUUCGCCUCAGACGAGCUACUCCAUAACGAGGAUAUUGUUUCUGAAGCAUUGAUGAAAUCUGACUCUGUCACUGCCUUAAUACCGGAAUCUGUUCUAAGUAAGGACCGUAUCGCAGAGCUGCGUGAAAAGGCUAGAUCCAAUGAUGUUAUUGUGAUUGACGAUGAGGAUGAUUUCAAUGACGAUGAUGACGACUAUGAUGAAGAUGAGGAUGAAAUGUUCAUGUUUGAUGACGAUGAUGAUGACGAUGAUGACAGUGAUGAAGAUGAUGACUAUCCAUUGCAUAGAAUUGUACACAAUAUCUUUCACUUUUAA